AUGGGUGUGAAUGUCAAUCAUGAGUACAUCGCGAGUGCCACAAAAGCCGCCAAACAAGCCGGCCUCACAAACGUCUCCUUCCACAUCGGCGAAAUAUCUGCCCUCGCCACCAUGCCCGCAAACUCCUCCGACAUCGCACACGCCUACCAAGUCCUGCUCCACCUAAUAACCCCCCUCUCAGCCCUCAAAGAGCUGCACCGCCUCCUUAGACCAGGCGGGUUCCUUGCAAUCCGCGACACAGCCGACGCUUUCCACGUCGCCGAGCGCCCCACCAUGACAGUCUACCGCGAGACCACCGUCAAGCUGAACCCACAGCUCCUGCAAGCUAGACGGACCACCCAGGUCUGGGUCCAUGAGGCAGGCUUUCCGUUGGAUAGAAUUCAGGCCGGUUGUGCUGGAUGGGGGUUCUCGGGGCGUGAGGGGAGGAGGAUGUGGGCUGGGGGCAUGGUGGAGAGUGCGAGGAGGUAUGGGCCGAUGAUGGGGUUUGAGGAUGAGACGUUUUUUGAUCUGUCGGAGAGGAAGUUUGGGGAGUGGGCGGAGGAUGAGAGGGCGAGGUAUAUGGCUAUGGAUGGGUGGGUCGUUGCUGAGAAGUAA